UUUGAUGGGGAGAACAUGUACAUGGGAAUGAACGACAAUACCCAGGAGUUUCUGUCGGCAAAUCAGACGUAUAAUAGUCAGAACGAGAAUAAUGAAGACUAUGAAAUCCCACCCAUCACACCUCCCAACCUCCCCGACCCUUCACUCCUGCACUUGGUGGACCAUGAAGCUGGAUAUCACUCCCUGUGCCACAGCCUGCCUCCAAACAGCCUGAUACCCGCGUACCCCUACCAGAACAUGGACCUGCCUGCCAUCAUGGUCUCCAAUAUGUUGAGUCAGGACGGGCACCUCCUCUCCAGCCAGCUACCUACGGUCAGUGACUUUCCCCUCUAUUUAUCUUUCGUUAAAGCCAUUUCUAUACAUCAUGCUAUGAUUUGAUUGAGAAGUUAUACGUUUAAAGAGAUGUUUGCACCGGGGAUGGGGAUUGAGCCUCCUGCUUGCCACCCCGUGCCCUGCUGCAGGAGUGGCUCAGUGGCAUUGGCAAGAGGAGCACGGCUGCCCCACAGACAGAGAGCUUUCCUCUUGAUUUCCAGGAGAACAAGAUCCCUGCCUGCACUUGCAAGCUCAAGUUGCCUUUUGGCUCACACAGUGGUAAGGUGAUACCUUGCAAAGUUUCAAAUGAUGCUUCUAUAGGAAUAAAUAACACAGGGAUAAUGAAGUAAAGGCAGCUCUGGGAAGAAACUUUGGGACUAAUUAGGCAUUAAGACGCUUCUGUAGCAUCAGCAUUGAAGAAAGGUUUUCUCUUGUUUUUUUGGCAGUGGUAUUGAAUUAACACUGGAGCUAUGUAAUAAUAUUUUCCUCUUUAGCACAUUUAGCCCUAUGGUUAGUUUUCUACGUUGUUUCUCUCUAAGAUCAUUGAUUUUCAUAGGUGCUGUUGGAAGGCAUCAAUAUCAAACAGAGUUAAUUUUACUUUAUUAGCAUUGCCUGCAAGUCUGCAACUGCUCUAGCUAGACAGCAUUUGGUGUCGAUUGCUUGAAUAGAUAAUGGUCUGAAAGAGAGAGAUAUUUAAAUAUUUAAAUGGGAUAUUAUCUCUUAGGCUAGGAAAAUCCCAAGGCUUUGUAAAGUCUUGGUGCAUCUCCAAGUUGCGUGGUUAGUGUGUUUAAGAAAAACAUCAUCUUCUGCCUAUCAAUAUUGAACACGAGCGUAUUUCUAUGAAAUUAAAUAUUACUUAGGUCUCUGUAUUAGCUUUUAGGUUCUUAGGUGAUUAAAACAUUCAUUUCUGAGACAAAAAGAGUCAAUUUCAGAUGAAAUAUUUUUCCCUAGUUUAAUUUAAAGUGCAACCCUUUUUCCUGACCCUUAUUUUCAUAACACAAUAAUUUUAUCCUGUGUUGAUUGUCUCAUUUUUGAGAGGUGAUAUUGCACUUAUAAAUCACUUUCUAAAAUACCUAAAGAAACAAGAAUAGUGGGAUUUAUUAAACAGCUUCUGUAUGUCUGAAAUAAUUUAUUUUGGAGUAGUCCUUGGGAAAUGUUCUCUUUCUUAUUUUAUGGUACUGUUUUACAAAUGCAGCGUGGUGACAAUAAAUCAGGGCUGAACCGGAGAAGAUAAGAAAGGGGCUUAGUGGGCUGUAAACAUAGAAUAGAGAGAUUAAGAUUUUUUUGCCCCUUACCACUAAAAUAAAAAAUCCAGUGAACCCUGAAUUUUCCGGCCGAUAGUGAAUUGAAAGUGCUUAGUUUUGAGUGGAAACCUCCGGAUCUGCAAUACAUCUUCAAAGGUCCCAGCAGUAAAGGAAGUAGAUCAGGGUGCGAAUGGUGUUGCAAUGUCAAGUUGAAAUUAAAUCCUGCCCUCCCCUCCCGUCAAAGUUUUUUUUCCAUGCUGUCAGACCUGAGCUACAGAAACAGCUCCCAGCCCUAUUUUUUCCUGCCCAGCUGUGGUUUUGGAUGCCCGCACUGAGUUCCCCUCACUCCACUAUAGCUCCACUGUGGCAGGAUUGUUCUCUAAUUCUAUUGGGAGCAAGGCGUGUACAGUAAUUAAAUACAAGAAACGGAGCAGAUUUUUAAGCCUGUGUCACUGACAUCACCUGCCCACGUCCCAUUAAGCCUCAGCUCUCUGGCUGAGGCACCAUGAAGAUACUUCAGGCCUUGCUGCCUGUCACUGUGCAACAUGCAACCUUCCCCAAAUCUGCCCAAAAGUUCAUCACAUUCAGGUGGGAGUUGCAGCACGAAAGGAUUUGAUAAAGGAAUCUUUGAAUCAUAGAAUGAUAGAAUGGCAUGGGUUGAAAAGGACCACAAUGAUCAUCUAGUUUCAACCCCCCUGCUAUGUGCAGGUCGCCAACCAGCAGACCAGGCUGACCAGAGCCACAUCCAGCCUGGCCUUGAAUGCCUGCAGGGAUGGGGCAUCCACAAAAAAGGAAGGGACUUAUCUGCUUGCACUUCCAAAAAGAGUCCAAAAAUGUCCCAGCAUUGUCCAUACAUUGAGUUAAGCCUCUCAGUGCCUCUGCAAGGGAUGCAACUGUUGUUCCCAUUAUGCAGGUGAAGAUCUAAAUCAGAGCAGUUUAAAGCAGCUGCAGGAAAUCCCACAAUGGGAUGAGAGCUAGAGAGUGAAGGUGAAGCCUUGGGGAAGGCAUGUUGUAGUUGUGCUGGGCAAAAGAAACAGUUGAAAAAAUCUUAACAGGACAGAUUAUUCUCUCUUGCCAUCUGUUUUUUUUGUUUUUUGUUUUUUCUUUUUUUUGCUAUGGAGAAAGAGGAGGAAUGGUUGGAGGGAAAGAAAACAGGAAAGAUGUGAUUUUCACUUAGAAAUGGUCAACACUUAGGGAAAUAGGAGAGGAAGAAAGACCUGUUUUCACAUAAAGGGAAUAACUUUGCCCACUGUGAGCGUCCUCUUAGCUUUUUGGUGUCGGCAGGUGGCUGUUGAGCCCUCACAGGGCUCUGGUGGGUGAGAGCUGGGAAGCGCCGGCCAUAGCUAGAGACAGGCAGCAAGGCGGGGUGCUGCUGGGAGAAGGAGCUGCUGUGAAUAAAUGAGAUUUCAGAAGGGAUUUGCCAGAACCUAUUUGACAGAAAGAAAGGGUGAUCAAGGUCAGAGCCCACGAAUCUCCAGCACAGUGCAAACAUAUUUCCAUAAAUAUUAGAUAGCGGCGUGUCUCUGCUCGUCAGGUGGGAUGGGUGCCCAGUCCGAGGUGCUGCACCCUUCUCUGUUGGGUAGAACUAUGGCACAGCUGUGUACUUUUGCUGGGGGAAAUGUCAUUUUGGACAUCCCAAGUAGCAGCUGUUAGGAGCAAGCAUUGACUUUGUCAUCAGUGUGAGAGUUUGAUUGGAGAGACUGGCAACUUUCCACGCAUCUCUGCUCCCUGGUGCUUCUCAUGAUGGGAGAUGUACUUGACUUUAUUUCUUGACGUUUGCACUGGUUGUGGCUGUGAAUAAGGUACCCAAAAUCAGCCUUCCUCACUCUUCAGCUCUUCUGGAGGAGGUUGUAGCAAAUGCUGUCCUAUAGUCCCUCCCUUCCCCUUACUGGGAAGAGAAGGAGAGAUGGAGAGGUUGGAAAGAAACUAUCCCUUCAGCUCCGGGUGAUGAAUUUUUUCUGCUAUCAGCAAGCUGGUGCAUCAGCUUGAGUGAAA